UGGUUAAAGUGACGCAAGUUAUAUUUGAUCACUUUAUACGUGUUAGCUGUUCCCUCUGAAGACAAGUAAUGCCCGAACUAUUGCAUCAGUGAAGUAUUAUACGUUUACAUGCAUGUAGCCGUGAUCGCAUUAGCGAGCUGCGUAUCAGCAGCGCCCGCAGACGACGUGAUCCCAAUCGUCAGUCAAAGCCAAGAAGGACCCAACCCAGACGGUUCCUACAAAUGGAGCUACGAAUCAGGAAACGGGAUCAAGGCCCAGGAAGAGGGACACUUGGAGAACGCUGGCUCGGAGAACGAAGCCAUGAACGCCCAGGGUGCGUUCAGUUAUCCCAGCGACGAUGGUCAACAGAUCUCGUUGACGUACGUGGCGAACGCUGACGGUUUCCAACCCCAGGGUGCUCACUUACCGACCACACCCGAGAUCCCGCCUCUCAUCCAGAAAGCGUUGGAGUGGAUAGCGGCGCAUCCUAGUAAAGACGACCAAAAUCAGGUCUAAAGGUUAGGACGUCCGUCGUCAGUGAUCUCAGCGAGCCUCUUUGAAACCUUGUUCUAUCAAGAUGUGUCGUCGUCUCUCCCUUCUACAACUUCAACGAUACGUGUAACUGCUCUGGUUCAAUCUGUUGUAAAUAUUUAUUGCAUACUUCCAUGGAUAGUGCGGUGUCGGGCACGCUGGUAUUCCCUGGGGAAAAAUACUCCUUCUCGCUGAUACUCUAGGUUUGACAGGUUAUGAUGGAUUUGGGUGAAAAUUUUGAUGGGACUUGUCGUUAAUGUCUAUUAGCUAAUUUACAAAUUGAAGUGAUUACAUUGUAGUUUGAGGAUUUAGGUUAACUUGGUGCCCUAUUAUUAAGAACAUUAAUUUCAAUACUCAAAUUCAAUAUUAAAAUUGCUUGAUUUUUUUUAGAAUUACUAGUUAAUUACGAAUUAUAAUUAUGUAGAUUUAGUUCCGUGAGAUAGUUGUUACUGGGUUUCAAGAACAUAGUAAUUUAUAAUAAUGGCUGAUAACAGCUAUAAAACUUGCAAUGAAUUAGUACAAGGUCUCUCGUUUAAUCCAGACAUUUUGGUAAUCUAAUUUAGAGAUAGUAACUUUCUCAAACAUCUAAGUAUUUUUGAAUUCGUAGAAUUGAGACAAUCUUUUACACUGCCUUUCUCAUUGGGAAUUUAUUAACAUUUGUCUCAUGCAAUCUAAACUAAAUCAAACACAGAUGUAAUUAUCUGGGAAUAUUUGAAAAUUGAAAAAAGAAGCCCUUCUCAGAUUGUUUUUUCCCUAGGGACAAUUACUAGUGAUGUUGAAUACUUAACUUAACACAGACCUGCAGGUGUAAUGCCUAGUAACUUCUGAGUCUUCAGACGAGACCAUCUCCCAUAUUACAUUUUCCCUAGGGAAGAUUAUAUUAUCAAAUACUCAUUACUUGUAACCUAAUCUAGAUCUAAGCUAGGUAUGCCUAGUAAUUUUUUAGUACUGAGGCGAAUUGAGUCUUCUAUCUCUCAUAUCACAUUUACCUAGGGAAUUUUAUGAAUAUUAACUGAAUUCAAUACUCAAUAAUUUAGCCCAGACCUAAUCCAGACAUAGUAUCCAAUUACUGUCGAGUAUUGAGACAAGUUGUAAGACCUUUUGAUAUAUCGCAUUUUUCCCUAGGGAAGACUAGCGUGCUCGGCAGUGUACACUACCGGCCAAA